CACAAAGGACCCGGAAGCAAAACCAGGGGGAGGCGGAAGUACUUCUGAUCCCGGCAGUUGGACUCUGGGGAAGCAGGAGGAGGAUGGAGCGGCUGCCGGUGGCGACCUGCCUGACGGUGCUGCUCUCCUUCCUGACCUCUGGGCCGAGCCUGCUGCGGUGGGGCGCGGAGUGGGGCCUGCCGGGAGACCUUUCUUCGGCCUUUUCUCUGCGCCCCGAGGCGGUGCUGGAGGGACAGGUAUAUAGGCUGGUGACCUACAUCUGUGUAUAUGAGAAUGUGAUCUCCUUGGUAUGUGGCGCCAUCAUCAUUUGGUACUUCGCUGGCAGCUUUGAGAAGACCGUGGGCACUGUGAGACACUGCUUCCUCACUGUGGCUUUUGCCGUUUCCAUAGCUCUGCUCUACCUGAUGCUCUGGGCUGCCCUUUCCAGGCUCUGGGAAGUGACAGAUGCCAAAGGCUUUGUGCCUGUGGCUUUUGCCAUGCUGGCUGCAUCCAUUGCCCGCUCCCAGAUGAGGAGGACACUGCUGUUUGGGGUCAACAUGCAUGUGGCACUGGUGCCAUGGGUCCUGAUUUGCGUGGCUUGGCUUAUUCUAAGUUCCUCUCUCCUGGGGAACAUCUGCGGCCUCUUAAUUGGAGACAUCUAUGGUUACGGCUACUGCUUCGGUGCAGAUCUCCCCGAAUCAACAGUCUCUCGUCUGGAUAAAAAGUUCCCUUUCCGUCUGCUGAAGAGAAUACCAGGAAUGAAGUAUGUUCCAGGGUCUAUAGCAGAGAGAAGGGCUUCUCAGAGCAGGAAGCUAAACCCAGCACCUGGUUCUUACCCCACUCAGAGCUAUCACAGCUCCUCUCCUCCCUCCUUGCUUGCUGUUCAUAUGCAACACCCCAGUACACGCCUCCCUGGAACUCAGCCGCAGUGCAUGCCCGGUCCUGUGUUGAAUCAGUGCACUGGUUCCCUUGGAGGGUCAUGCAUCCAGCACCAUUUCCAAUCUCCGCCAGGAUCCAGCUCGCAGCAUUUCAGUGGGUCUGACUCAGGGGGACCCAAGAGGACAGAUUGCUCCAGUGUCCCCCAUGCACCUGGGUUUCCAGCUGCAGGAGCAGCGUCAGAAUCAGCAGAGAUUUGCCGAGUUCACGUAGGGUGAAAUUCCUGCAUUCUACUGCCUGCAGUUUAUGUGAGGAUCAGCAAAGGUUUUCCCUCCAAGAUGGGAGUCUCCUCCAGGUGGAUGAAGGAUUUUUAAAGUCCUAAACAGCUUCAGCUCAGUGUACCAAAGAAACCACCCUCUCUCCAUGUCUUGUGGCAUCCCCUUACAAUCAGAUGAUGGUAUUAUCUCUACUCGAUCGUCAGUGUAACACACAGAUCUCCACAAGUCCAGGGCUCCAUCUCCUUGUUAUACCCAAGUUUGAGCAAUCUUACAAAAUGAUUUCAAGUGGUUUUAUCUUUUCAGAGGGUGGCUUGCUGGGCCAGGACUGGUAAAUUUCUACUGUGCCUUUUCUGUAUAUGUGUGUCUUGAAUUGUUAUGAACCCUGAACCCUUGGAUGGGGCAUCCUACACAUGUGAUUUCAUAAGGGUAUGGAAAGGUGGCAGCUAGUACCUGCUUGAAAGCAUGGUGUCUUGAGGUGAGCUUUCUACAGGACUUGGGUCUGCAACCACAGACACCCCGAAUCAGGGACUGUAGCCUACAGCUCUGAUUUAUUUUUUACAGGUAUCUUCAUUUGGGUUUGGGGGUUAUCUUGCUACUGAUAAAAAUCAUUGUGACUAUGUAUGAAAUAAUGCUGGUUUGCAUUACACUUCUGGGGAGGGCUAUAGCUCAGUGGCAGAGCUCCCGCUUUGUUCAAAAAAAGGUCCAAUAUUCAGUCUCUGGUAUCUUAAAAAAGACUGGGUCGCAGGUGAUGGAGAGCAUCAUUUAGUCAGAGUAGAUGUGGCUGGGCAGACAAAUACUCUGACCUUGCUAGAAUGCAGCUUCCUAAGUUCCAUGAAGUGAGGAAAGGGGAGAGAGGAGACUUACAAACAAGUGCUCAGUCUUAUCCCAAAACAUACAUAGACCAAAUAUAUCUUGUACAAAGAUUAAUGGCUGUUUCCUAUCACCCUGUGCCUCACAAAGGGACCUAUGUGCCUUGCUCAGUGCCAGCGACACAACCAAAUUUAUAUUUUUAAGCCAGUGGGAGAACAGUCAUACCGUAUCUUCUAUGUUCCCAGGAGGCCUUGGCAGAGGCUAAGCUGCACAAGCCAUUCUGAACUGCACCCCAUGACAGUUGCAAAUUGCAAAAACCAAAACCCUCCCCCUUGUUUCAUUUACAAUCCAGCCUAAUGAGCAGUUUUGGAGAUGUUGAACGCUUCCUCGUGCCUAGCUGGAAAGGUUACCAUCUGUCAGGAGUGCUGUAGCAGGGGGAUGGACUAGAUGACCCGCAAUGUCCCUUCCAAGCUUGGGAUUUGACUUUAUGACACUUCGGCUGGUCCAAAUAAAGUGAUUGCCAUACUGUGGUUUA